CACUUGGCUAGGAUUUGUGAGCGAUCCCAGGAGCAGCAGGCGCGCGGGAGACAGUUCCAUGAGCCGACCAGACACAGGGGCUGAGGCUACAACGCAGGAAACUGGGGAGACGUCCUACAUCACCCGCCGGACACUCUCCUCCCGCACCCCACGACCCUCGGCCCCCUCUCCUUUACUCCAAAGGGACUGAAGAGCUAUUUGGGGCCAGCCCUGCACUGGAUACAGGAAGCCCAGCACCUGGAUGAGCCUCUGACCCUGAGCCCCAGAGCCCACAGGCUAAUCUGACGGCCAGAUAUACUCAGACAUUCAGCUUCACAGGCAGGCACCUGUGCAGAGGAGCCACAAGUAUGGCGCACCUGCUGGGCAGCCAGUCCUGUAUGGACAGCCUGCGCAAGGACCUUACCGACCUGCAGGGCGCCAUUGUGGACGUGUUCUCUCGCGCUGGGCCUGUGCACUUCCCCUCCUGGAAGUUCCCUGACCGUGUGGCUUGUGACCUGGACAUGGUGGCCCUGCUAGAGCACUAUGACCAUGUGCCAGGUGACCCUGAGUUCACGCAGCUGUCCCAUGCUGUCCUGCUGGAGCUGGUCAUCGACAGGCUCCUGCUGCUGCUUCAGAGCUGUGCCAGCUACUUGGAGAACCUUGGUUCAGAGCAAACGGUGCCCUCCCCCCAGGCCGUGGGGCCCUGCAUGUCUGUGGGGCUCACAGUGCGGCGCUUCUGGAACAGCCUACUGAGGCUGGGCAUGCUCUACCAGAAGGCAGCCCCCCAGAAAAGGGUAAACCAAGGGGAGACCCUCACCUCCAAGCCCACAGCCAAGGGCGAGCCAGCCAGGAGCCCUGAAUUUGUGACUGUCAAGUUCAUCAAGCCCCCCUCCCCAAUGCCAGGCUUGCUCCAGACCUGCCAGGAGCCAGACAGCCUCCCCGCCAGAGUAUCCCUGCAAUGUCCAGCCAAGACCAUCAAGAACAAUAGGAGCAUCCACUCCCAGACCGUGGAGACGGCCCUGGUGCCCUGUGAUGCAUGCACCAGCGUCCAGGGAAGCCUGUGGGAAGUGGGCAAGGUGGUCAUCAGCCUGUGUCAGAGCCAGAACUUGCCCUCGUCCUUAGGCCAGUUCCAGCAGCUGGUGCAGGACAGCAUGGGGCUCAGGCCACUGACAGCCACCACCAUGGGCCACUGGGCGGCAGAGCAGAGCAAAGACCUGACGCGCCUCAGUAAGCAUGUGGGGGCCCUCACUCAGCUUGUUGGGCCCCUUAGGGCCCAGCUGGAGGAGGCUGAGAGGCAGAAGGAUGGACUAAGGAAGCAGGUAGGCGAGCUGGAGCAGGCACUGAAGCAGGAGCAGGGAGAGCGGCAGCGACAGGCAGAUGAGGCCACACAGCACCUGAUGGAGCAGGAGCGUGACAAGCAACAAUGGCUCACAGAAACAAGUGACCUCAAGGUGAAAGUGGCCACCCUGGAGGGGAAGCUGAAGGAGCAACAGGAGUCCAUGCAGGCUGUGGAGACCAAGGCCCGGCAGCUUCAAGAGGAGGCCGAGCAUAGGGCAGAGGCUGAGAGGCAGGUGCACCAGCUGGAGGAGCAGGUGCAGCUGCUGGCAGGGCGGCUGGAUGGGGCCAGCCAGCAGAUCCGCUGGGCCAGCACAGAGCUGGACAAGGAGAAGGCCCGAGUUGACAGCAUGGUCCGCCACCAGGAGUCCCUGCAGUCCAAACAGCGAGCCCUGCUGCAGCAACUAGACAGCCUGGACCAGGAGCGUGAGGAGUUGCGGGGCAGCCUGGAUGAGGCCGAGGCCCAGCGAGCCCAUGUGGAGGAGCAGCUGCAGAGUGUACGGAGCGAGAGGGAGCAGGGGCAGAGCCAGCUCCUGGCCCAGCAGGAGCUACUGCAGAGCCUGCAGCAGGAAAAGCAAGGCCUGGAGCAGUCCACGACCGAUCUGCAGCUGACCAUAUCGGAGAUGGAAAGGGAGCUCGUGGAGCUGAGGGAGCGGGAGCGGCUGCUGGUGGCCUUCCCAGACCUGCACACACCCGUCGAGGCCCAGAUCCCAAGCUCCGGCAAUGUUACAGACGACAUAGAGAAGCAGGUACAGGCCAAUGACAUCCGCAUCCGGGUCCUGCAGGAGGAGAAUGGGCGGCUCCGGUCUAUGCUGUCCAAAAUUCGGGAGGUAGCCCAGCAGGGGAGCCUCAAGCUGAUCCCACAGGACCAGCUCUGGGCCCCUCCCAGCAAGGGCAUCCAUGGAACAGCGCCCCCAGCCCAGGCCCAGAACACAUCUCCAGGGCCCCUGGGCAGGCAGCAUCUGCCUAGCAGCAGGACAGCCAGUACAGGCAGGACCCCACCGUGCCAGCUCCGGGCAUCCCCACCUCAGCAGCCCUGCAGCCGACCGAGCAAGGACAUGACCCACUCGACCAACUGCGCUCAGAACCCCAUCCGGGCCUUGGCCAGGCUGAGGAGAAGACUGUCACCAGGCCAAGGCCAGGCCAGCCCUGCAUAUCAGCCCCAGGAGCGGCCCAUGUAGCCUGCUGUGGGGUGGGGCUAGAGGGCAGAUGUCUGGCAACCCUCUCAAUGUAAUAAAACCCUGGCCAUCUGCCUACAGCAA